AUGGCCGCAGUCAACCUUGCCACCGACUCUCGGCGAGCGCAGUCUGAGGUUGCCUCCUCGCCGUCACUACAAGACCUGGACAAGUCGUGGCGCUUCACGCAGUCGCUGCCUCCGGACCCCUUCUACCCGACCCCGGCCGCGUCGCACAAGACGCCCCGAGACCAGCUCGCGCCGCGCCAGGUUCGGGGCGCCCUCUUCACCUGGGUCCGGCCCGAACAGCAAAAGGACCCGGAGCUGCUGGCCGUGAGUCCGGCCGCUCUGCGAGACCUGGGUCUCAGCGAGGACGAGGCCACGACCAAGGACUUUGGGGACUUCGUGGCGGGCAACAAGCUCUACGGCUGGGACGAGGACAAGCUGGAGGGCGGCUACCCUUGGGCGCAGUGCUACGGGGGCUUUCAGUUUGGCCAGUGGGCGGGUCAGCUCGGCGAUGGGAGAGCCAUAUCGCUCUUCGAGACCACCAACCCGUCUACUGGCGUGCGCCACGAACUGCAGCUCAAGGGCGCCGGACUGACGCCCUACUCGCGAUUCGCCGACGGCAAGGCGGUGCUGCGGUCGAGCAUCCGCGAGUUCGUCGUGUCAGAGGCCCUCAAUGCGCUCAAGAUUCCAACCACGCGCGCCCUGUCGCUCACCCUACUGCCGCAUUCCAAAGUCAUGCGCGAGACCAUCGAACCUGGCGCGAUAGUCCUGCGGUUCGCCCAGUCUUGGCUACGGCUCGGCAACUUUGAUAUCCUGCGCGCCCGCGGCGACAGAGCCCUGAUCCGGAAGCUGGCCACGUACAUCGCCGAGCAUGUCUUUGGCGGCUGGGAGACGCUGCCCGGCCGGCUCAACGACCCGGAUGCGCCUGGCGCAUCGCUGUACAGGGAGGUGGUGAGGAGAAAUGCCGCAACAGUGGCCGCUUGGCAGGCGUACGGGUUUAUGAAUGGCGUCUUGAACACGGACAAUACGUCAAUCUACGGCUUGUCCAUGGACUUUGGCCCGUUUGCCUUUAUGGACAACUUUGACCCGUCGUAUACCCCCAACCACGACGACCAUAUGUUGCGAUACAGCUACAAGAACCAGCCAACCAUUAUCUGGUGGAAUCUAGUGCGGUUUGGAGAAGCAGUGGGCGAGUUGAUAGGCGUAGGCGCCGACGUCGACGACCCUACUUUUGUCGAUGAAGGCGUCAAAGAGGGGCAAGAGGAAGCCAUCGUCGCCCGCGCCGAGAAGCUCAUCACACAGGCGGGCGAAGAAUACAAGGCUGUAUUCCUGGCAGAGUACAAGAGGUUGAUGAUUGCUCGGCUGGGGCUGCGGCGCUUCAACGAGUCCGACUUUGACGAGCUGUUCAGCGGCGCGCUCGACACGAUGGAGGCCCUGGAGCUUGACUUUAAUCACUUUUUUCGUCGGCUAAGCGGCAUCCGGCUGGCAGAUAUUUCGACCGCGGACACGAGGAGACAAAAGGCGUCCGUCUUCUUCCACAAAGAAGGGGCGCCGAAGGUGACCGAGGACUGGGGCGUCGAAGACGGGAGUGUCCCUGCCGCCGCGGAUGAGGAGAGGAUCAGGGCCAUGAAGCGUGUCAAUCCCAGCUUUGUCCCUCGCGGCUGGAUCUUGGACGAGGUCAUUCGGCGCGUGGAGAAGGAGGGCGAGCGAGACGUCUUGGGCCGCAUCAUGCACAUGGCGCUCAAUCCGUUUGAGGAAGAGUGGGAUGGCAGGGUGGUAGAUGGCGUCGCGUGGAAAGGCGAUGCCGAGGAAGAGAAGCGAUGGACGGGCGAUGUGCCGCGGACGGAGCGGGCAAUGCAAUGUAGCUGCAGCUCUUGA